UUGCCAGUGAACGGCUACGUGAACAUCUUGAACUUGCAGCGAGCAAAACGUUGCUCGAGGAUGGGGCCUCUCCUCUCCAUGGCUUCGGCCAUCAUCUCUCUGUUUCUGCUUUCUUGUUUCGGCAUUUCUCGUGCAGAAGCAUAUGAUGCGCUUGAUCCUAUCGGGAAUAUCACGAUCAAAUGGGACAUAAUGAGCUGGACAACGGAUGGUUAUGUGGCCACGGUUACGAUCCAUAACUUCCAGCAAUAUCGCCAUAUUCAAGCUCCAGGAUGGCAAUUAGGGUGGACAUGGGCCAAGAAAGAAGUGAUCUGGAGCAUGUUGGGAGGCCAAACCACGGAGCAAGGCGAUUGUUCAAGGUUCCACGGGUCGAUCCCGCAUUGCUGCAAAAGAGAUCCAACCAUCGUCGAUUUGCUGCCCGGGACUUCGUACAACCAGCAGACAGCGAAUUGCUGCAGAGGAGGAGUGCUAAGUUCAUGGGUUCAGGACCCGCUAAAUGCUGUAAGCGCAUUUCAGGUCACCGUGGGCCUCGCUGGGACUACUAACAAGACUGUGAGAUUGCCCAAAAACUUCACCCUCAGAGCCCCGGGGCCAGGGUACACUUGUGGGUAUCCGAAGCUCGUGCGGCCGACCAGGUUCGUGUCGCCUGAUAAAAGAAGAGCGACGCAGGCAAUGAUGACUUGGAAUGUCACCUGCACAUAUUCUCAGUUUCUCGCACAAAAGACGCCAACCUGUUGCGUCUCCCUUUCAUCAUUUUACAACGAUACAGUCGUGAAUUGUCCGCCAUGUACGUGUGGCUGCCAACACAAAACGACGGAUUCUGGGAGCUGCAUACGGUCUGAUUCGCCGCACUUGGCUUCUGUUGUUUCUCAUCGGAGCAAAUCCGUCAACACGCCUCUACUACAAUGCACCAGCCACAUGUGCCCGGUCCGUGUCCAUUGGCACGUCAAGCUCAAUUAUAAGGAGUACUGGCGAGUGAAGAUCACCAUCACAAAUUUCAACUACAGAAUGAACUUCACCCAGUGGAACCUGGUCGUGCAGCAUCCCAACUUCGAUAACCUCACCCAGAUCUUUAGCUUCAAUUACAAGCCGCUGACUCCUUAUGCCGGGUUAAAUGAUACAGCCAUGUUAUGGGGGGUGAGGUACUACAAUGAUCUGCUCAUGGAAGCUGGUCCUUUCGGGAAUGUGCAAUCGGAGCUUUUAUUCCGGAAGGACAAGUCCAGCUUCACGUUCGAUAAAGGAUGGGCUUUCCCUCGUAGAAUUUACUUCAAUGGCGACGACUGCGUCAUGCCACCUCCAGAUGCUUACCCGUGGUUGCCGAACUCCAGUCAACGAUCAGUUACCUCCACUCUUUAUGCAGCGGCGAUGAUCUUGGCAUCAGGUUCACUAUUAUGGGCUUAUCCAUGAAUUUCAGAUUAGGAACUACACACCAAUUCUGGUGAAAUUUUCUAAAAUUGCCAUGGGAUUCUGUUCUUUACUGAGA